AUGGCUGCAUCACCUAAGCUGCUUCUCUAUUCUGGUACUCGUUUAAGUGAUCCUUCUCAGUUUCGAAUGGUAGUGGGGAGUCUUCAGUAUCUUGCUUUCACCAGGCCGGACAUCUCCUAUGAUGUCAACAGACUGUCUCAGUUCAUGCAUCGAUCGACCACUGAUCACUGGCAAGCGGCCAAAAGAGUACUUUGUUAUCUGUCUGGCACUAUAACCCAUGGUAUUUUCUUACCCUCCAACAAUGCUCUUGUUCUUCGUGCAUUUUCUGACACAGAUUGGGCGGGUGACACAGACGAUUACGUUUCCACCAAUGCGUAUCUUGGAGAUCAAGCAGUGUCCUGGUCUUCAAAGAAACAACAUGGUGUUGCUCGGUCCUCUAUUGAAGCCGAGUAUAGAGAGAUUGCCAAUGCUUCUACAGAGAUUCGAUGGAUUUGUAAUCUGUUGAGUGAACUGCGCAUUCACAUUCCCACCGCUCAUGUACAGUCUGGUGCUCUGAAGGUCUCACAUGUUUCUGCUAAGGAUCAACUCGCUGAUGCCUUAACCAAACCUCUACCGAGAGCUUCUUUUCUUCAUGCUUGUUCCAAGAUUGGAGUCACCAAGGUCCCUCUAUCUUGA